UUUACCUCAGAGCAAGCAUAGGCUUAUGAUACAGGACUACGUUUUAAAUGCAUACGAUAUACACAGAAUUGUGCAUACGUUGUGACUCUCACCUACAUUGUCUGGAUCUCUAUUUGAACUAUGACAUCUGUGACCACUAUUAAACAAACAGCUCUCCGCUACACGAAUUGUAGACGUGUAAAUGAUCGUCUAUUUGGUAGAAAGUUCAAGGCAAUGUUUGGCGCCUCAGCACUGGUAGUCACGAUCAUUUAUGACAAGCUGACAACGCAACUUCACACCCGUGCUACACCAACACAUCUGUUAAUGGGUAUGCACUUCUUAGCAUGCUACCCAAAGGAUGAUGUCGGGGCAUCAACAUUCAGAGUCACCACAAAGGCAUAUAAUGAAUGGCAUUGGUACGUCGUCGAGCAGAUAGCCAGACUGACCGGGAUCGUAGUAUGGGAAGAUCGAAAGUUGUUGUUGGAUCCCGAUGAGAUGUCAAAUACGUUCGUUACGGUGGACGGAAUUGAUUGCAAUGUUCCUGAAGCCCAUCCUUUUCGAGCCUCAUUGAUGUCUCACAAAACGAGACACGCCGCUUAUAAAUACGAAUUAGUAAUUUCAAUCAGAGCUGGGAUAUUUGCUUCGUCAAGGGAGGGGGGGGGGGGCGGGGGGUUGAAGCAGGGACAGCUGACAUCACUCUAUCGCGAGAUUGCCUAGUUUAUAUGCUUGACAAGGGAGAAAAAAAUCGUUGCAGAUAAGGGAUAUGAGGAUGGCUUUGAAUACUUCCUCACGCCUUUAGAAGCUACAGUUGAGAAUGCGGCAGCAAACGCAAUGAUGAAGCGCUGGUGUGCCCGACAUGAAACAGCUAACGGCAGAACGCGUAGUUUCUAUAUUCUCAAAAACACAUUCCGCACCUCCAGGUUAAAGCAUUCAAUAUGUUUUAUGGCCGUUGCAAUUAUCGUGCAACUGUCUAUUCGCAGCGGUCAUCCUCUAUUUGAUAAGUGUUGAUCUCGGACCACAGCGCAAUCUGGACACAAUUUCAAAGUCAGGCAAUACUAUGCAGUACUACACAAGCGGCGACACGCGUACAUUGCUGUAUUUUCGUGUCCUGAUUCAUAAAUAUCAUGCAUACGUGUUAUGCAUGCUCUAUUUUUCUACAUUCAACUAUAUCAUACGAGCAGACCCAUGUGUGUUGGUAUCGAAGAGAUGCUCACAACACACACACAGUAUCCUUAAGGCCAAGAGCGGUUGACAAAAAACACAUAUAAAUAUCCUAGCCGAACAUAUAAAGGUAUACUGCACCC